AUGACUGUGAAGCAUUUCUCAUUGGAAUACAACAGGGCGGAUGGGAAAGACACCUACUCUCCUGGGGAUGCUGUAUCUGGGAAAGUAACAGUGGUGACCAGCAAAGAGAUCAAAGUGCAGUGUUUGUUGGUUAAAGCUAAAGGAAAAUCUAAGGUAACUUGGUGUGAACAAGAUGGAGAAAUUCCCGUGGUCCGCAGCAACAAGAGGAACUACUUCUACUUUGAGCACAUUAUUCUACAGGAUAAAAACAAAGGAGAUGGUUCAGAAAUCAUUGGUCCUGGAAGAAAUGUGUAUCCAUUCAGCUUUGACAUUCCUAAUAAUGACAUGCCUUCAACUUAUAAAGGGAAAUGGGGUGAGAUCACAUAUAGUUUACGAGCCCGGCUGACUCAGUCAAUCUGGCUUGUACACAAAACCAAGACUAAAUUCCCUUUUCAGACCAAGUCUGAGUUUCCCUUUGCCUCAAGAUCAGAAAUGAUUUUAAUUGGACUUAAGGAGCAACAAUAUGCAACAAGGAUUUCAUUUGGCUCUGGAAAGGUUACUAUAAACGUUACCUCAGAAAAAUUGGGCUUGGAGCAAGGGGAGGCCAUGCAAGUUUUUCUGGAGGUGCUCAAUGAGUCAGCGAGGCCAGUCACGCCCAAAUUCUUCCUGUGUGAGAAGCAGACCUUUGUAGCACCGACGGGGAGGACGGUACACACAAAUGACAUCUUGUUUGGAAUGGGAGACCCCGUUCCACCUGCGAGCAGGCAGGUUCUGACCAAAGUUCUCAGUAUUCCUCCAGGACUGCCCCCAACCUUCUACAACUGCUGUAUGAUGAAACUGGAGUAUCAAAUUAAGAUCACUCUUGAUGCUCCUCUGAUGAAAGACCCAGAAGUCAAACUCCCUUUGGUCAUCCUGCAUGGUUCACAUAAACCUCAUCAACGAAAAAAAGAGAGAUCCACCAGGUUUAAAAAGCUUACAGGUUAAAAUGAUAUGUUAGAGGAGAGGAGAAAAGCAUGAUCAAACAAAUCAGAAAUAAAAGCUUUGAUCAUGUACCAUAUCUAGUAAUAUGUUUAUUGUGUUCUUUUCUGUUCCUUUUAACAUUAUUCACACAUGUCCACUAGAUGGGGAUGUCGGUUUUAUUAA